CCUGCAGCUCCUCCUGAUAAGGCCCAGGCAGAGGGGUGGGGCAAGACAGAUAGAAAUGCUUGCCCCUUGAUGGUCCCAGCACAGUCUCAUCCCUGCAGCAGAGGAUUUGGGCUGCAGUGUCACCAGUAUGCGGAUGACAUGCAGCUCUACCUCUCUUUCCCAGGUUGGCUGUAGAAACCCUGUCCAAGUGCCUGGAGUCUGUAAGUGGCUGGAUGGGAAGGAAUAAGCUGAAGCUGAACCCUGACAAAACCGAGGUACAACAGGCCGUGUCUCUCCCAGCCUUACCUGGAGAUGCCGGGGAUUGAAGCUGGGAUCUUCUGCCUGCAAAGCAUGUGCUGGGCCACUGAGCUAUGGCCCUUCAAAAAGGAGAUUAUAUGACAAUGAGCAUUCAUCCUUAUUUCCCUGUGGGUAAGGAUUCAUGGCAGUCUUCCAGUUCGUUCAAGGAUGUUCAGGGUAGAGACUCAGAAUGUACAAGAGGAAAUGAGCUUGAUUUUCAGACGGUAAAGCACAUGUUUUCUGUACUCUUGAUCCAUGCUCUGCUCUUUGGUGCCAUCUGGGGUCCUGUGAGAACAACUGCCAUCUUUAGCUUUGCUCCCUACCAGCUAUUCACAAUGGAGUCACUCAGCGGUGCAACUGAAACUGAAGACCCUAAACAAGCCUCCACUGUUCCCCCUAAUCAGGACCCAGAGACAAAUGUAAUUGAUCCAGUCACAGACGGUGGGAGUCGAGCAAGUUCCCAGAUUGUCGUAACAUCUAUGGCCACGUCUUUCUUUAACAGGGUGGAUGGAGUGGAAAAUAAGAACCUUCCGGAACCAGUGGCUACCACUGUUGGAUCCAAACAAUGGGUGACUUCAGAAUUGUUCGCUGCUCCAAACAUGGUGCAGACCUACCCAGGCGUAGGUGGUUCUGGGGAUGAAAACAGUAGUAGCAGUUUGGUGCCAUUUGCUGGGGCUAACAAAGGCCUUGCAUUCGACGAUCGCUUAGCUUCUGCCUUCUCAAAUACACCAAAGGCAAACAGCCCUGACACCGAGCAACACUGUUUCUGUAAAAUUCCAGGAGCUGAAGGACAAAGGAGAGACCAAGGUGAAAAAGAGAAUGCGGAUGUGCCAAGGCUUGCUAGAAGGAGAGGAGAACGGCGCUUUUUGAUAGAUGUCGGCCAAGAGAUAACGGCAGAAAGGGGGGAUUCCAGAACCAUGGCUGAUGUAGGUGGGCCAGUGUCCCAUGGUCAGCCAGAAGAACAUGGUGGGUCUACUAAUUCUUCUUGUCCAAGAGGUGACAAAGGUGAGGUUGGGAGCCCUGGGCCCAUAGGACUUCAGGGAUUAAAGGGAGACAAAGGGGAAUAUGGAGAACCAGGACUAAAAGGUGACACUGGACUGAAAGGCGAUCCUGGAGAGAAAGGAGGAAGAGGCAUAGCAGGUAUGAUGGGGGAGAGAGGCCCAGAAGGACCCCCAGGACCUCAAGGGGCUCUUGGUUUAAAAGGAGAUGCAGGAAUGCAGGGGGAAGUCGGUGCCCCAGGGAAACAGGGCCUCACAGGCCGAAAAGGAGAAAAGGGUCAGAAAGGGGACUGCAGAGAGGUUGAACCCAUAGCCUUUUCAGCUGGCCUUCAGAAAAGGAGAAGCUUUCCAUUGCCAGGAUCCCCAGUGAGAUUUGAGAAGGUUUUCCUGAAUGAAAAUGAAGCCUAUCAUCCUGAUUCAGGCAUAUUUACUGCCAACACUGGAGGCAUCUAUUCUUUCAGUUAUCACCUGAGCAUUUCAAGCAAAUCGCUGAGGGCUGCGCUCUUCCACAAUGGUGAAAGAGUUCUACAGGUGUCUAGCAUAAGGCAGCCUCCACAAAGCAUUUGCCAGGUGUCUGGAUCAAUGCUGGUUCAUCUCUCUGAAGACGAUGAAAUUUGGCUUCAGAUUUUGAAUGCCUCUCAGAACGGCCUGGUGGCUGAUGACACCACUGAUUCUGUAUUUUCAGGGUAUCUGUUAUACCCUGACUCUGCAAAAAUGUGGAGUGUGCACUGGCGAUGUGCUGUCUUGACUGUCAUUGUCACUGUAGCAGAUCUCAACACAGAGGGCAAAAGUACCCCAUCACCAAAGUUCACUAGGAUAAAAAUGGCAGGCAUGGAAGCUAGUGACGACCUUGAUGUGUCUGAUGAUCCACCCACUGAAGAUAGCCUCUUCACUGAAAUAGCUGAAAUAGGCGACACCACGACGGAAUUAUCCACUCCAAACUCUGCCUUCCGAACAGCUACCACACUCUUUCCUUUUGAAAACUUUACCCUUGACUCAUCUGACUUCUUCUUUAACUGCUGUGAUUGCUGUGACACCACUCCAGGGGAGAAAGGCGAACCCGGAGAACGGGGAUUGCCAGGAGAAAAAGGCCUUCAGGGUCUACCAGGAAGUCCUGGAAUACAAGGCCUGAGAGGAUUCAAAGGAGACAAAGGGGACAAAGGAGAAUAUGGCGACCCAGGAUCGAAUGGUAUCCCAGGAAAUCCGGGCAGGCCUGGGGAACAAGGUGAAAUUGGAUUUAAAGGAGACAAAGGAAACCACGGCUUGCCUGGGUCCAAGGGGCAAAAGGGCACCAAGGGCGAAACGUGCGAGAAUGGCACUAGAGGAGAGAAGGGAGACAAAGGGGAGCUGGGAUUGCCAGGCAUUGAUGGGGAGAAUGGAGAAAAAGGAGAGAAGGGGGACUUGGGUGAAAAGGGCUACUGCGGAGAUCCUGGGGAUAAGGGGGAAAUGGGGGAAAUGGGGGAGACUGGGCCUAAAGGAGACAAGGGUGUCAAAGGAGACAUAGGGGUGGAAGGUGUGCAUGGCAUGGAUGGGCCAAACGGAGAAAAAGGGGACCAAGGUUUUAGAGGUGACAAAGGUGAUCCAGGAGCAAUUGGGAUGACAGGGCCUCCUGGGAUAAAGGGAAUUCCUGGCCUCAAAGGAAUCAGGGGACCUCCUGGGAAGAAAGGUGCAAAAGGUCCCAAAGGAUCAAAGGGCGAGAUCUCAAGCCCCCCAAGAUCGGCUUUUAGCGUUGGCCUAUCCAAGCCUUUCCCACCCCCCAACAUGCCUAUUAAGUUUGACAAGAUUCUGUACAAUGACCAGGAACAUUACAAUCCUCUGACGGGGAAAUUUAAUUGCACCAUUGCUGGUGCUUAUGUCUUCUCCUAUCACAUGACAAUCCGAGGGCGGCCUGCGCGCAUCAGCAUUGUGUGCCAAAACAAGAAGAUGGUCAGAUCUCGGGAAACCCUCUAUGGCCAAGAGAUAGACCAGGCUUCCUUCCUGACCAUUUUGAAAUUAAAUACAGGGGAUCAGGUUUGGCUGGAGGUCACACGAGACUGGAAUGGGGUUUAUGUUAGUGCUGAAGAUGACAGCAUAUUUUCUGGUUUCCUCUUAUAUCCCGAUGAAGUACUUGACCCCUUACUAUAA